ACGUUCAGCCUAUGUCCCCAAAUAGUAGAAGAACAAGAGAAAGAACCACUUGAGAGUCAGACUGAGGAGCAAACAGGAACCAGACCUGGAUCUCUCCUCCAAAAAGGUCAUAUUCCAGAAGAACUAAGAGAGGCCUGAGUCAUGCGUCUAUCCGUGGUAACUGCUGCCCUGCUGCUGGUGGGCAUCCUGAGCUCUGUCACAGCGCAGCUUGAAGGUGGGGUUGUUCAGAUGUCAUGUACUGACGUGGUUCAGCCUUGUGGUGACGGAUGGAGCCGCAUCGAUGAAAAUCGCUGCGCUAAAUACUUCUCAACUCCAAAAGCCUUCAACGAUGCAGACGCUCAGUGCAAAUCCAUAGGAAGUGAACUGGUGUCGGGCCAUAAAGUUGAAGAGAUGCUGAAUGUGCUCUGUAUUGCCGUUCUCGCCGACUUUGAGAUGAAGUCCUUUUGGAUCGGCGCCAAGCGAUCCGGGGAUGGGUUUGUGUUCACCGAUGGAUCUGAAGUUAUCUUUUCGUUUUGGUCCGCUGGUCAGCCGGACAAUUUUACCGGCGAAGAGGACUGCGUCGAGGUCAAACCCAAAUAUUGGGGAGUCUGGAAUGAUGAUGACUGCUCGGAUGAGAAUAAUUUCAUUUGCGCCAAGAACAUGUGAUCAUCCCCAGCUGAUGUUCAAUGAGGCUCAUGAAGACCACUGCAAACACAAGCUCUUAACUUUACUGCAAUAAACACUUCAGCAUCCAC